UUCCAUACAGGGAGAUUGGGAAGAAGAAAAAGAAGAGGAGAUUCAAUCCGGAUUGGUAUGAUGAUUAUGCUUAUUGGCUAGAGUACAGCGAGAAGGAGCACAAAGCCUAUUGCUUAUGCUGCUAUUUGUUUAGGGACAACAUUAAAGACAACCACCAUGGGCAUGAUGCAUUUGUAGUAGAAGGUUUCAACUGUUGGAACAAGACAGAGAGAUUUGUAACUCACGUCGGUGAUCGUAACAUCUUUCACAACAGAGCACUCAAGGAUUGCGAGGAUCUAUUAAAGCAAGAUCAAUCAAUCCCUGCAGCCUGGAAUAGACAAAGCCAAAUUGAAAAGAAUGAGCAUCUCAUCAGGUUAAAUGCCGCAAUUGAUGUUUGUCGAUACUUGUUGCAUCAGGGACAACCUUUCCGUGGCCAUGAUGAAUCUAAAGAUUCUGAAAAUAAAGGAAAUUACCUUGAGUUGAUGGACUACACUAUUAAGAAAAAUGAUGCUGUUGCUAAGGCAUUCAAGAAUGCUCCAAAUAAUAAUCAAAUGUUGUCUCCCAAAAUUCAGAGAGAUAUUACCGAGUGCUUUGCAAAAGAAGUACUAGGCCAUGUGAUGAAAGAAAUUGGUAAUGGUGUGUUUAGCUUAUUAGUUGAUGAGUGUAGGGAUGUUUCCGACAAAGAACAAAUGGCGGUUGUUCUCCGAUAUCUUGAUAAGUGUGGACUGGUCCAAGAGAAGUUUGUUGGUGUUGUUCAUGUGGAGGAGACAACAGCUUCUUAUCUCAAGUCUUGCAUAGAUUUAUUAUUUUCACAACUUGGGCUGAAUCUUGAACAAGUUAGAGGCCAAGGUUACAAUGGAGCAAGUAAUAUGUCUGAUAUUCGAGGUCGGAGAUUUCUUUGAUAUGGUUUCAGUUUUGCUGAAUGUCGUGGGCGCGUCUUGCAAGAGAAAAGACCAACUUCGUGAGCAUCACCAAGAAGAAGUGAGAAAAGCAAUAGGAUGUGGAGAGAUUUCUACGGGGACUGGACUGAAUCAAGAAUUAUCUCUUCAAAGACCAGGUGACACUCGAUGGAACUCCCAUUAUAAAACACUGUUGGGUUUGUCCAAGAUGUUCUCAUCUGUGGUCAAAGUACUAGAAUAUGUCGAGAAAGAUGGCACAGAUACCGGAAAGAGGCGGCAAGCUAGAGGUCUUCUAAAAUAUUUCCAGACCUUUGAUUCUGCAUUUUUCUUACACAUGAUGAUGAUGAUAUUAGCUUUAACAAAUGGGCUGUCAAAAACCUUACAGAGAAAGAAUAAAGACAUUGUAAAUGCUAUUUCAGAUGUGGAAUCAACAAAACGAGAGUUAGAAAAACUCAGAACCAAUGAGGGGUGGGAUUCCCUUAUGAAGAAGGUAUGUUGUUUUUGUGAGAAGCAUGACAUUCCAGUGCUUGACAUGGAAGAUGCCUAUGUUAACCCAAAGAAGCCACGACAAAAGACUGGCAUUAGCAAUGAACAUUAUUAUCGUGUUGACUGUUUCUUUGUUGUGCUCGAUCUGUUAGGAGAAGAGUUUAAUGACAGAUUUAAUGAGGUAAAUUCUGAGUUGCUUCUAUGCAUGUCUGCUUUGAGCCCAAGUGAUUUAUUUUGUCAUUUUGACAAGGAGAAGUUACUGAAAUUAGCCAAGUUUUAUCCUGAUGACUUCAAUCACAAAGAUAUGGUGACUCUUGAGCAUGAACUUGGACUCUAUAUAGAUAAUAUACUCCAUGAUACAAGGUUUUCUAGCUUGGACAGAAUAAGUGACUUGGCUAAACUGAUGGUGGAUACUAGGAAGAAUCUCUCAUAUCCUUUGGUAUAUCGGCUUUUGAAGCUAGCUCUAACUCUGCCUGUUGCCACUGCCACUGUCGAGAGAUGUUUUUCAGCGAUGAAGAUUGUGAAGAAUGCUUUGCGUAACAAAAUUGGUGAUGAUUAUUUGAGCCAUAGCCUAAUUUGCUUCGUGGAGAAGGAGCUGCUGGACACAAUUACCAAUGAAGUGAUUGUUGAUCGUUUCCAUAAGAUGAAAGAUCGUCGUGGGAGAAAUGAAACGUAAUGGUCUAAUACCUUCCACCCUUUUUAUAUUUACCAUCUCCAUAGUAUUCAAAUGCAUUGUCCUAAUCUGUGUUUUCUCUUCACAGGUAAUGCCAUUUGUCUUGGAGACAAAUAUUACCUUUUGCCACCUAUGAAAUCAUUGGGAUAUAAAGCCUUCUUGUAAGAUUUCUUCAGUUUAGUGCCAAACCUAUCAUGUUACUACUAGAUGAU